CCCCCAUGGCGCCGCCCUUUAUGGUUUCUGCGCCGGGCAAGGUGAUUGUCUUUGGAGAACACUCCGUUGUAUAUGGCAAGCCUGCCAUCGCCGCCGCCAUUUCGCUACGAUCCUACCUCCACGUCACAACGCUGUCCAAGUCAAAGCAUACCGUCUCGCUUCGCUUCCCCGACAUUGAUCUCACUCACUCCUGGGAUAUCGAUAAUCUCCCCUGGGCCCAGUUCCAGCACCCAGACAAGAAAAAGUCAUACUUUUCUUUGGUCACGCAGCUGGACCCCGAGUUAUUGGCUGCCCUGCAGCCGCACAUUGACGAAGUCUCUCCAGACCGGCCAGAAGAGAUUCGAAAAGUUCACCGGAACUCUGUCACAGCAUUCCUCUAUCUCUUCCUUUCUCUUGGGUCGCCACGAUUCCCAGGAUGCCUCUACACUCUGCGCUCCACAAUUCCUAUUUCAGCUGGAUUGGGCAGCAGCGCUUCUAUAUCUGUCUGUCUAGCUGCGGCUCUGCUGCUUCAGCUGCGGACGCUUUCUGGUCCUCACCCCGACCAGCCGUCAGAAGAAGCGCGCGUUCAGGUUGAGCGAAUCAACCGUUGGGCCUUUGUGUCUGAGAUGUGUAUUCAUGGGAACCCUUCAGGAGUUGAUAACACUGUGGCGACCCAAGGCAAGGCGGUAGUCUUCCAGCGAACAGAUUACAACAAGCCACCAUCUGUGCGCCCACUAUGGGACUUCCCCGAACUACCACUGCUGCUUGUAGACACGAAACAGGCCAAAUCAACGGCAGUUGAGGUGGGCAAGAUUGGAAAGCUGAACAAGACACACCCCAAGAUUAUUGGCCCAAUCCUCGAGGCCAUGCGCCACAUCACAGAUACUGCCUCUCAAUUGAUCGAGGACAAGGAUUUCAAUCCAAAAGACGAGGAAAGCCUACGGAGACUGGGUGAGCUCAUGGCUGUCAACCACGGCCUAUUGAAUGCUCUGAGCGUAUCACACCCCCGGCUGGAGAGAGUGCGUGAGUUGAUAGACCACGAGGGCAUCGGCUGGACAAAGCUCACUGGCGCUGGCGGUGGCGGCUGCUCCAUCACUCUGCUCAAGCCCAAUGUGCCGGGAGAGAAACUUGCCAAGCUAGACAGCCAAUUUGAGGCCGAAGGCUACGAAAAGUACGGCACUACUCUGGGUGGUGACGGCGUGGGAGUCCUGUGGCCCGCCGUACUGAAGAACGGCACCGAGGAAGACGAAGAAGGCGGCAUGGAAAUUGACGUGGACAAGUUCCUCAACGCGCAGGGCACUGAGGGCGUAGAGCAGCUCGUCGGUGUCCACGGCGAUGGUGGUGAGCGAGAAGGAUGGAAAUUCUGGCGAGUGGAGAGCGAGUAGCCAAGCCAAGCCAAGCCAAGCCCCGUAUAAUAUCGAAGCUCGGAGGCUAUGGUGUGGUCUGGCAUUGGAUUAAUAUCAUGGUAGCAGACAGAACAUGUGCGGGAAGAGGUUCAGUAGCACUGCUUUUCAACGCAUGAGCAUUGGGACGCUGCAGUGGCGUUUGAGGAACUCUUUUUUUUCCUUUCUUUUCCAUUCUUUUUCUUUUUCGCUGUAUGAUAUAACAAAAAUCAAUUCUAAUUAUAGUUCUAGAUACAAUAGAUUUAACGCAUUUGAUGACUUGAUGUUUUGUCUCUGACAGUAGAACACAUUGUAUAAAGACCACCAGCCACUACUCAUAAGAUUAAAUCCAGGUUAUAUAUAGGCCACUCUAUUUAUUUCAGCUCUGACAGCCGGUACUUCCAAUAUCCUUCCCGCACAGGGUCCCACUUCUCUGAUAGUUCUACCAGACAUAGCUUGGCUUUUUCAAUUUCGCCCUGCUUGUGGUAAACUUCUGACAUGAGGUCCAACGCAUGCGAGCUCGUGACCUCCUCGUCCUCGGCGCCCAGAUUAGAAAAGAACUGCGAGGCAAAAUCUCCCACUGUAUCCAGUCCGCGGCCACCUUUCGCCAAGACUCCGCGCAAGUACAGCCAAGAAGACUGAUUCUGCGGCGCAAGCUUGAUCUUCUCCUCUGCGUACGCAAUCUCCCUAUCAAGAAUGGCGCCUGGCACCUUGGGAUCAUACUCCGUAGCAGCGCUGCCCUUUGUGGAAUGGGACGGGUCCGAGAAGACGAUGAAGAAGCGGUGCGACCACGCCGAGUUGUUGCGCAGGUCAUCCUCAAUCAUGCUCUGCGUGGUGGCGAGCUCAAAGGGGCUCCAGUAGUUGAGCUUCGUGAUGAGGUACUGGCGGUACGACCACACAUGGUAGUUCUUGGUGUCCUUGGCGAGGAUCUUGGAGAUGAAGUCGGUCUCGGAUUUGGCAAACUGCUUGGCGGCCUCGGCGUCGGAGCUGAGCGUGUUGGCGAAGUGGUGGUCGAGGAGCAGCUGGCGGUGGUGCCAGAUUUGGUAGUUCUUGAGGUGGUUCAGGGCAACGUCGUUGAGCCACUGGAUUUCAUCCGUGAUGGAGAGCUUGAGGGCGGAGACGAUUUUGAAGCGGUAGAGCCAGACGGUGUAGUGGCCUGGGUUCAUGGCGAUGACAUGCUCUGUGAGGCGGAGGCAGCGAGGGGAGUAUUCUUCGGAGGCCAUGACGGCGCGGAG